AUGUCAACGACCACAGUCAUUGAGACUGUGAGACAGUUCACCUCCUCAACCCUCCUUGCCGCUGCAGAGAAUACAAUUACUCCUGCUGCAGCGGAUGAAAAGUUCCAGGCCAUCGCUCGGGGUAACCGGGAGGGCACGCUCAAGUUGCAAGGCAUCCCGACCUUCGAGGACCCCCAUGCGCAGCGCAAAUGGAUGAAGGAGCACAUGGCAGCUGCGUUUCGAUUCUUCGGCAAGCAGGGCUAUGGAGAGGGAGUCUCGGGCCAUAUCUCGAUGAGAGAUCCUAUCCUCGAGGAUCAUUUUUGGAUGAACCCGUUCGCUAAGCACUUCUCCACCAUCAAAGCCUCGGAUCUUGUCUUGGUCGACAGCGAGGGCUAUGUCACAGACGGUGGGGCCCAGCUUCCCAUCAACGAGGCGGGGUUCAUGAUUCAUUCUGGGAUCCACAAGGCGCGUCCGGAUGUCAUUGCUGCUGCCCAUACCCAUGGGAUUUACGGGAAGACGUGGAGUGCAUUUGGACGGCCCAUAGAGAUGCUUUCCCAGGAUGCCUGUAACUUCUAUGGGAAGCUGAGCGUGUACGAUGACCACGGCGGCAUUGCUCUGGCGCAGGAAGAGGGCGCGCAGAUUGCGAAGGCCCUUGGCGAGAACAAUAUCGCCUGUAUUCUGCAGAACCACGGAUUGUUGACUGUAGGCCGCACAGUCGAUGAAGCAGCGUUUCUGUUCUUCAGUCUGGAUAAUGCGUGUCAUUCCCAGUUGAUGGCCAACGCAGCGGCAGCAAAUGGAGUUUCUAAGAAGAUCAUCAGCGACGAGGUGGCGCAGUAUACUGCCGACGCGGUUCAAAACCCCCAUAAUUUCUACACGGAAUUUCAGCCUGAGUUUGAGCUGAUAGUGGAGGAGACCAAUGGCCGGGUUCUUCAGUGA